GUGAGUGCCUUGCGAUGUGCCCACCAGCUCGUGGCAGAACAACAAACAUGACAAUGGAGGCGUCCUUCCGAGCUACACGCGUGCGGCUCAUAUGGAGAUGCCGGUCAACGACCCGGGCGAGGAGUGCGCAAGCUCAUGUUGAUGAUGAGAGCAACCAGCUUGGGGGCGCGACCUGAAUCCGUAUCUGGCCCACCCAUUUACACUCGCCGGUGUCGAUUUGCCACCUCUCUUCUGUUGCCUUCAGCUCACCGCCAUGCGCCUCUCCCAAGCAAACAAGAUCCUCUUGGGCUCCUGCCUCGUCGUCGUGCCCCUCAGCUUUUACGGCGGCCUCGCCAUCAAGGAGCACUACCUUGCUGGCGAGCUGGACAAGGUCCCCGAGAGCAAGGACCUGGUCUCGGAGCGCGCGGUCAAGGCCCGCAUCGUGCAGUGCGUUGGGGGAGGGAUGAGCGUUGACCGCAGGCUGGAGCAGGAGCGCAAGGAGCUCAUGGUCGAAGGCCGCGAUCUUGACAAGAAGAUCGCCGAGAUCAAGGCGCGGCUGGCGGCCAAGUCAUGUAGGUUGAGAGGGAGAGCGACGCUGAAAUGACAGAGCCGCGUCGAGUCUCUGCUGAAGGCCGCAUCUGCAUUUGGGUCCGGCGUUUAGAGCAUGCGCACAGUUGACGCGAAGAUGCGCCAUGGCCCACAGUGCAGGCUCAUGGGAAGCGAGGAGCGACCUCGGCUGCUCGUUUAAGGCAUCCUACAUCACGCUCACGAUGCCCCCUCUACCACUGCACACUGUUGUACAUCACAUACACAUGCAUAUGGACCUCACAUCUGCCGUUAGCAA